AACGAACUGCUUCCGGGUCCGUCACCCUCAUAGUCCCGUCCACACGUGUGCUUUCGCUUCGCCAAAAGCCAUGGCUACGAUUUCUAUGUAAAGAAACAAUUGAAUUCAAUUAAAAAGCGUCCCUUUCUGACAUGGAUCUCGCGGCAAAGGACUCGUACAUCCAGAAACUGACAAGUAAAGUGCUACAUCAGCGGGAACCAAAGAAGAGGCCAUUCGUUCCUUUUAAUGGCAAGAAAGACGGCGGGCCACCACAGAAGAAGAAAAAGUGCAAAAAGAAGUCAUUCAAAGAUGAGAAGAAGCAGAGUGUGACACCUCCGAAUAAGUCCGGUCAGGCACCAGCACACAACGGAGUCGUGAAAGUGAAUGCAGCACAAAUAGCAGAGAAAGGAGUUCCUUCUAAGGGCAAGAAAGACGGCGGUCCACCACAGAAGAAGAAAAAGUGCAAAAAGAAGUCAUUCAAAGAUGAGAAGAAGCAGAAUGUGACUCCUCCGAAUAAGUCCGGUCAGGCACCAGCACUCAACGGGCACUUGAAAGUGAAUGCAGCACAAACGGCAGAGAAAGGAGGAGUAAAUGUGAAGGCCACCUUCUCUACCUUCGAUGUUCUCCGGAAGAAGCUGCACGACAAGAUUGAAGAGGCCAGAGCGCAGGCCGGCCCCAAGAAGGCGCUGUCGGAGGCGGCCCAAGCCAAGCGGGCUCGGCGCAUAAUGGAGCGCGAGCGCAAGAAGCGAAAGAAGAAGGAGUUCCAGAUCAAGCGGGCUGCCGAAGCACAAGCCAAAAGCGAGCAAGCCGAGGAGAAGCCGCAACAGCCGGCCGCAGCGGCUCCGACGGGCGCCGCUAAGCGGCAAGAGACCGCCGUCAUCUUCAACACGGUGGAGACGGUGGAGGACAAGUACGUGGACAAGACCCUGAAGAAGGCGGCCAAGAAGCGGAGUGUCAAAGGUCAACUCACGCCGCUGUCGGGACGCAACUACAAGCAGCUGCUGAGCCGGGUGGAGGCUCGCAAGGACAAAGUGGAUAAGCUGCGGCAGACGGACGAGGCCAAGGCCCGAGAGCUGGAGGCCAAGAUGAAGUGGACCAACGUGCUGUACAAGGCCGAGGGCGUCAAGAUCAAGGACGACGAGGACAUGCUGCGCGCCGCCCUGGCCAACAAGGAGAAGAAGCGCAACAGGCGUAAGAAGCAGUGGGAAGGGCGCAGCAACACCUUGGUGGAGAAGAUGCAGAAGAGGCAGGACAAGCGGCGUAGGAACAUCAACAAAAAGAAGGCCACCAAGGUGGAGAAGAAAAAGCACAAUGCCAGGAAGAAGGGCAGAGUUCUGGCCGAGGACUUGAAGAAAGCCAACUUGUAGUCACAUUGCAAGUGCUGCCUCGUUUCAUGCGAGAAGCAAAAUGAGACGAAGAGCCAGCUUUUGUUUGAGUGGGGCUCUUUUGUUUUUUUAUGUGGUUAAUUGGCUCUUUGUGUGUUAAAAAAUAGAUACUAUAUUACACUGGU